AUGAAAUCUCUCGACGCCAAAGAGCAAGAACCAGUCACUCAGCAUGUGGACAUUGUUCACCAGUCAGGCAAGGUCGUCAAUUCUUAUCUGAUACUGGCCUGUACGGCGUUCGGUGCAGCCUCCUUCAUCUUUGGCUUCGAUGACAAGAUUAUCUCGCCAGUGGCAGCACUGGAACCAUUCGUCGACAAGUACCAAGGCCCGAACGCAGUCACUGGCAAAUACGUCUUUAGUGCUCGAAACCAGAACCUCCUCUUCUCCGUCCCCCUUGUCGGAUCCAUCCUCGGCGGAAUGCUUACAUCGCCUUUGAAUACACGAUUCGGCCGCAAGAUACCCUUGCUUGCCGCAUACAUACUGUCAAUCGGUGGUGGUAUUCUUCAGGUCUUCGCCCCGAACCUCGGAGCCUUCGUUGCUGGGCGUUUCAUCAAUGCUAUCGCUAUGGGACUUGCGAAUGCUACAUCACCACUGUACAUGUCUGAGGUAGUUCCUCCAGCCAUGCGUGGUAGAAGCGUGACGUCGAUAAACAUUCUAUCUCUCGUGGCUGGUGUCGUGGGGACAACCAUCGUUUGGCGGACCGAGCAGCUCGGAGGUCAUCAGUCCUACAUGAUCCCACUGAUCGUGCAAUGUGUCUUGCCUGCGAUCCUGUUGGUGUUGACUCUCCCUCUCCCGGAAAGUCCCCAGUGGCUCGUUAGCAAAGACAGGAUGGAACAAGCCUAUUGUAACCUGCGGAAGCUGCGUGGGUUCAGCGAUACUGAGGUGAGACGUGAGCUGCAGGUUAUGAAAAUGUGCGAGGACAAUGAACGUGAGCUCAGCGCGAACGUGAAGUUCUGGGAGAUCUUCAACCGCCAGAACCUUAAACGCACGCUCACCGCUGGGUCGUUUUACUCCCUGAACCAGAUCUCAGGGAUCAUUCUAUCAACCACCUACGCCACGGUCUUCUUAACCGAGAUCGGCGUUGGUGACGCCUUCACUCUAACCGUGAUCUCGUCCUGCUGUACCUUAGCUGGCACCAUAGCAGCCCCAUUUGUCAUCGAUCGUGCAGGUCGUAGGCCAACAGCCUUCACCGGAAUGUCCGCUCUGUUCAUAAUCAAUGUGAUAGCAGGCGGUCUUGCAUUUGACACCGGGAACAAGAGCGCAACGAUGGGCAUCGCCGCUUUAUCAUUCAUCUUCAACUUCUUCUGGGCAGCAUCCUUCUACUCCCUGUCCAACCUCAUGCCCUCUGAGAUUGCCACCGCCAAGCUGCGAAACCACACCAUGGCAUACACUAUAAUGUGUGCCCAAACAACUGCUGUGAUCACGACCCUGGCUGUACCUCAACUCACAUCCGCAGAUGCCGCAAACCUGGGUUCGAAGACCUAUCUCGUCUUCGCGGGCUGUAUGGCUGGGGUCCUGGUCUUUGCGUACCUCCUUAUGCCCGAAACUCGUGGAAGGACGUUUGCGGAGAUCGAUGAGAUGUAUGAUGCAGGGAUUCCUAUGCGGGCGUGGCGAAAAUAUGAGACAACGGUGGAAUCGAGAACUGCUGUGGCAGAUGAGAAGUUGCAGGCUUAG